AUGAACACGACCACUGACGCCGGCUCCCUGGAGGAGUCUCAAGAUUUCCUUAUCGACUAUUACACCAACACGCGGAUCUUCAACAACGUUGACUUGUCCGUCUUUGUACUUAUUCUUUUCGAGUACCUCGUCACGUUUGAUCGAGAAGUCCGCUUCGCCUGGGGCAAGAAAAUCUCAUGGGCCAGGACCAUCUUUUUACUCAAUCGCUACCUAAGUAUCUUUGAAUAUCUAUUUCUGCUGGGUCCGUUGCUGCCCUUGUCCACCGUUUCGAGCUGCAAUGUCGUUACACGAACUUCAGAGGUGCUUCAGAUCAUCCUUUACGCCGUCUGGGCAGCCUUCGCGGGCAUUCGGAUACAUGCGAUCAGCGCUCGCACUUGGUGGAUCACCAUACUCGUCACAGGGCUGGCUCUGGUACCCACCGGGACGAACAUUUACGCUGCAUAUAUGACAGUGAGCACCGUCUUUCCGGAGACGGGCUGCAUGGCGGGUAUAGACAUAGACCAGACAACAUGGAUGCACGCCAUGCUGUCACUCAACGUAGUCCAAAUUGUCGUGGAUUUCGUCGAGGCCGGCUCGUAUGGGCUUGUUAUUCCAUUCCUCAACGUCAUCACCCCCAUCAUGAUCUCGCGUUUCUUCUUGGAGUUGGAUGACCUCACCAGAAAGGAUCGCCACGGUACACUCUCCACCAUCAGCGACUUCAACAAGUUUGAUCAAGACUUCACGCUGAAGUUUGUGAACUCCAAUGUGAGCUCGAAUUCGGACGACUACAAGGAUAUAGGAGGUGCCCUUGACGACUUCCGCAGCCAUUCAGAUGUAAACAUCCGUUCUGACUCGGCCCAGAAGACAUUCAGUCCUGCCGCGACGUGGUAA